AUGCUGAGCUCGGCGUCCUCGGCGGGGGCGGCCAUGGGGAUGGGCGGCGGGUACCCGCACCACCCCCCGCCGCUGCCGCAGCGCGGGGCAGCGGCCGCGGUCUUCACCGCCGCGCAGUGGGCGGAGCUGGAGCAGCAGGCGCUCAUCUACAAGUACCUCAUGGCCGGCGUCCCCGUCCCGCCCGAUCUCCUCCUCCCCGUCCGCCCCGGCCCCCACUCCGCCGCCGCCGCCGCCGCCGCCGCCGCCUUCUCCUUCGCCAGCCCCGCCGCGUCGCCCUUUUACCACCACCACCACCACCACCACCACCCGUCCCUGAGUUACUACGCCUACUACGGGAAAAAGCUGGAUCCGGAGCCGUGGCGGUGCCGCCGCACCGACGGCAAGAAGUGGCGGUGCUCCAAGGAGGCGCACCCCGACUCCAAGUACUGCGAGCGCCACAUGCACCGUGGCCGCAACCGUUCAAGAAAGCCUGUGGAAUCCAAGACCGCCUCGCCCGCGCACCCGUCGCAGCCCCAGCUGUCCACCGUCACCACCACCACCCGGGAGGCCGCUGCCGCCGCGCCUCUUGAGUCCCUUGCUGCGGUGGGGGGUAAGACUCACGGCCUGUCCCUCGGCGGCGGGGCUGGCUCAUCGCACCUCAAUGUUGACGCUUCGAAUGCUCAUUAUCGCUAUGGCAGCAAGUACCCUCUUGGAGCUAAAUCCGAUGCUGGCGAGCUGAGCUUCUUCUCAGGAGCAUCAGGAAACUCGAGGGGCUUCACCAUUGAUUCUCCUUCAGAUAACUCAUGGCACUCCCUGCCAUCCAAUGUGCCCCCGUUUACAUUAUCCAAGGGCAGAGAUUCUGGCCUCCUGCCUGGUGCCUACUCCUACUCCCACAUUGAGCGGGCACAGGAGCUUGGCCAGGUUACCAUCGCCUCGCUGUCCCAGGAGCAGGAGCGCCAGCCGUUCAGCAGCAGUGGUGCUGGAGCCGGUGGUGGGCUGCUCGGGAACGUGAAGCAGGAGAACCAGCCGCUGAGGCCCUUCUUCGACGAGUGGCCUGGGACGCGGGACUCAUGGUCGGAGAUGGACGAGGCGAGGUCCAACAGGACCUCCUUCUCGACCGCCCAGCUCUCCAUCUCCAUCCCGAUGCCCAGAUGUGAUUGA